AACUACGUGGAGCUCUAAUAAUGGUAAGUUAUCCUGUUCAAAACAUUAACAUUUUAGAGAUAUUUCUCCGUUCUUACUUAGCUACAUAUUUCGUGUACAUGUAUUUCUUGCACGUAUAGUUAGAACACGGUGUGUUAAGUAUUAUAAUUCUCUUUUAUUACAACCCAGCUAUUCCUACUGCUUAGUAUUCUCGGACACCAAUUCUCUCGACAAGUCCUCAAAUCAGAAUGCAGUUGAACAGGGAGAGAGAUUUUAUUCCAGAUAACAAGGUCAGAUGAAAGUAAAAAACGCAAUAUGAAAAACGAUGUUCUCCAAGUAUCGACUAGCGAUGUUUGGAUAAGAAUUAGCCAAUCAGCGUGUUCCAGCGCAAUCGUGCAUGAAGCCUGCUUUAAUCCAAUCUAUGUCCUGCUAACAUUAGGCCACGGACUAAUCAAUGUACUCGAAACCAUCAACUAUUGUUUCCUUUAUUUUAUAACAAGCCUUAUAAUUGUUUUGUAAUGUUCGGACUGUUGUUUAAACCAUAUUCUCCAGUGAAUAUUUAAACCAACUGUAUCUAACCAAGACUUUUUUGUACGACCCAGUUUCAUGUAAAACUCCCAUCUUUUGGUUCACAUUUUGUUCCUCACUGUGCUGACGUAAAGUGUGACAUAAAAGAGAAAUAGAUAAAAUCCAAUCGCUUCUGAAUUUGCUGUUUUUUGGAAAUUGAAAUAAUUGGAACGGAAUGUAUAGUCUACUCAAAGCCAUUGUUGCUGUAAUGAGUGAUAACACAAAACAAUAAUAUUUAUAAACAAUAGUAAUUUACUGUAAGCAUUUCACCGUGAAAAGUGUUUGGCCUAUGAAUUACUGUUAAUAUUCCCAAUUUCAUCUGUUUUAUAACAUUAUUCUCAUUCUAGAUUAGUGUAAAAUAUCCAACUUAUUGUUAUACAAGUUCUUUGAGAGUUUGUCACUUAUUUUUUCUUCAGAAUACAUGUGGAUUGGUCCUACCCUUAGGCUUUGGCUUCUUCUCUUCUGCAGCCUCUGCACUUAUCACACGAUCUUACCCGGUACCUGACCUGCUUGAUGUUAAACGUAUGUGGAGGAUGUUCAAACUCUAUGGUAACUCGUUUCGAACUGUUGGAACCUGUUUGCUUUUGGGUCAUACAAUAUUUGGAACAGCAUUGGUAUACGCUAUGAUCGAUAGUAAUCAGCGUGUGCUCAGACAGCAGAAGUUUAGUCCCAGUAGUGAUUCAUAUAAUGAAAGUUAUCGACCUAAUUUUAUUCAAACUACAGGCAGCAAAAUGUCAGACGAAUACACAAAGAUAAAUGUGAACAUUGGCGGCUGCAAAAAUUGCCUAUCCUGUCUUCAUCACUUACUUGAAAAUUAUGCUGAUAUAAAGGAAUAUAUAAUUAGUUCUGAGGGGAAUCUCAUAUUAAUACAUCCAGUUCAUGUAAAACGAGUGACCAGCCUUUUAAAAUUUGUUGGAUUGGAUAUUAAAGAUGUCGGUAAUCAUUUAUCAGUUUACAGUAAGGACAGUAAAGCUGAGGCAAACGAUGACAUUUACUUCUUACCGGAGUUAGAUGAUAACUCACAAAUCAAUUCUAUGACAUCUAAGCGCAAACGACCAGACGGUCAUCAACGUAUUAUGAAGCAAAACGACCACUGCAUUAUCGCCUCCGAAUUAGUAGCCAUACUUCCGCAUGAAGUUGAAUGUUAUCGACCACAUUUAGUACCAGGUUGGUGUGUUGCAGUUCAUUCAGGACACCAUCUUAGUAAAAUAAAUCAAUAUUUACAGUCAUUUGUUCCACUCCCUGGGGAGCUCAGUCAUAUUAAACGAAUCGAUAGUUGCCGAUCAUAUGAAAAUAAAUCAACUUAUGUCUUUUUGCAGAUAGCCAAAUCAAGCUAUACAUGGCUAGAUGCCAAUGAAACUUUGAACUCUAUGGUCGACUUACUACAAUUGAAUUCAGCCGAUCACCAGUUUAUUAGCACAUCCCCAACACCCUGCUGGAUACCACUUCAUGCACCAAUAACUCGUAAGCAUCAGCUCUUGUACUCAUUUUCAAAUGAAUCACAAGAAAAGAGAUUUUCGUUGUUCAAAAAUUCACUUAAUAAACCAGUUAUUUUAGGUUGGCCAUCCACUUUACGAGCCUGUCCUGAGCUUGAGCAACUAGUGAAUGUUGGACGAAGUUCGUCGUUAUCAUGUUUCUCGGAAUUAGAGCUAAAAAAGCAUUCAUUAUGGCUCAAACGUGUUUCUAUCUUGUCAAAACAAGCGCAAGAUCUAAAUAAUAUACACCCACAAUCAUGUGCAGGCGUUAAUGGUCCGGCUUGUGCAGUCAUCAUAGUUGAUCCAGAAUCGAAUACUGCAUUAGCAGAAUCAACUACACCUACGACGACAUCAGACAUAUCUUGGUUAGAUCACGCAGCAUUACUUGCUGUGUCAGCUGUUGCUAAAUUAAAAGAAAAUACAGGAAAUCAGCACUCUGAUUCUUACUUGUGUACAGGUUUUGAUGCAUACUUUUCACUUGAACCAUGUCUGAUGUGUGGUAUGGCUCUGCUUCAUAAUCGCAUUCGGCGAGUUUUUUGCUGCCAAAAGCUUGCGGGCGACGGCGCAUUUAGUAAUGCAAGCCGUCUUCACGUGCAGAAACAAUUAAAUCAUCGUUUCCGAGUAUUUAGUCCGCCGUAG